GGAGGCUUUAACCACGGUGGAGCGAGAGUCAGCCGGGAGACAACUCAGCGGCUAAAAGGCGGAACGUAGGAGUCUUCCUUGGAAAAUACAAACAAAUCUACAAAAGAGUAAUAUCAUGAAGUGCCCUUGUUACGAGGCUAGCAAGGCCAGCAAUAUGGAGAAAAGCUCUGUUGCUGCUGCAGAGCCCAGAGUGCUUCAUCUCAAACCCUCUCCGCUGAAGGAGCCCACCCCCAUCAAACCCCGCUGUCCUCCAGCAGAAGUGACCAAAGUGUUGUUCUCUAUCAAGAGCAACACCAGCGCCGUCCACGACAAGGAAAACAGCACCAACAGGCAGCAUGACGGGACUCUGGAUGAAGGCUUUGAGGACAGCGGCUAUUUGUCUCUGCACAACAGCCAUAUUGAUUAUCACCACGGAGAGGAAGAGGAUGACCACAUCCUGGGGAAACCAGCAGCAAUUCUGCCUUCUGCUGCUGUUACACAACAAGAAAAGACAGUAUCACCAACCGAAUCUCCUUCCAAAUGUCAAGGGAGGACCAACUUUAGCCGUCCAGUGUCUCUGGUGUCACUUUCCACUCCUGUGGAUUGUUCUAGGAGGAGACCAGCAGCAUAUUCAUCCACCCCCUCCGACCCUCACAGCGACCCCAACCUGCCCAUCCUGAAGUUCCAGCGAGCCGUGUGCGAAGAGCUCGCUAAGAGCUAUAAGAAGAACAAGAAGUAUGACUGGAGCAUCGUUACAAAGGUUGCAGAGGAUCAUCUUCUGGAUCGGGUGAUCGGAGGUCAGAUGGGCCUGGAGUACGUCGAUAUUUUCACAUCUCUGCUGUCCAGGAACAUGAGGAGCAUCCUGACCAACGUCCUGGCCCUGCUGGGAGACAUGGACCUCGUCAGCUGUAAGAAAGUGAGCAGAACUUGGAGGAAGAUCAUCUGUGAAGAUACAGCAGCUCUGAGCAGGUGUCGGCGAGCAGAGCAGGCACUCAGGGAGUCGAGGAGCUCCCUGAGGCAGAAGGGUUGUGGUUUGACUAGAGACGUGGCUGUGUCCAGGGUGGUGCUGUCCUGUAUGCAGACCCUGGCCUUCUCAAACACUCCAUCGUCUUCCUCUUCAAACUGCGGGAUCAACAGACGGACGGCUCCGUCUCAGAAAAGCAGCAACUGUACACGCUUCAAUGAAUACAUGCAGGCGGCCAGCACUCUGAAGCAACACGAGUCUCUGCGUCACUGCAAACGCUGCAGCUCACCCGCGACACAUUUUCCUGAAGUCCAGAGGGCCACGUGCACUCGCGCCAGCUGCCUCUUCGACUUCUGCACCCGCUGCCAGGAACCUUUCCACGGCUCGACACCCUGCCGAACGGUGCAGCCCAGGAUUCACGUGUCCACCUCCAAGACGACCCCGAUCGUACCGGGCAGCAAGAGGAGCAUCAGGCGCCUGUGAUGGAGGUGUAAAGCUUUUAAACUCAGCCUGGAAACUACUUGGAUACUUGCACGGUUGCUGAAACUUUGUUACAUAAAAACUGUGAAUUGCCUGAAUGACGCACUUAAAGCACUGCUGGGACAAUCAACCAGGAAGUGCCGCCGGGCUGAAAACUGUUGUCUGCGAGCAACAAACUCAUCUGAUGCCAAAAAAAGAGAAAGAAAUGGAGACUGAUACGCUUUAAAGCUCACACUUUUAUUAUGUUUUAAAAUGAAAUGGAUGUAAAUACGCUGUAAUGUCACUUUUAAAUAGCCUUUAUAUAUGCCUUUUAUAAUAAAUGUUGAUCUUCAGGAGGUCUGGAAAUGUUCAAAUUUACUGUAUUUGUAUUUCCUGUAAAUAGACUUUUCAUAAAAC